AAUUAAACUUUGUCAAAAAUGAUAAAUCGAUCCGAAUUGAAUUAAAAACGAAACCAAUUCCUAGAAAACGUGAUUAAUCGUAAAAGUGAGUAAGAACUGUCAGCUGAGCAGAACAAAGAUGGAAGGUCGCAGCUGAUCUCUGAAAAUGGAGUGCGAAAUGGGACAAUUUUCUGCAUUUCCUGAUCACGAUUACUCACCCUAGUGAUUCUGAAAUUUCGAAAUAUCCCAAAACUCUUUUUCAACUGAUGACAAAAAUCCCUUGGAAUUAAUAAUCGCUCCCAAAAUAAAGAAAGAAUCCCUCGAUAAAUUGGGUGACAAUAAAAAGUGGGGUUAGGUUUUGCUGUCAAAGAAUUGUGCUUGUGAAAUUACUUUUUUUUUUUAAUUCACAUUUCCGAGGUGAAGAUUGUUACUCGGAAGUGAAUCAGGACUUUUUGGAAGAUGGCAAGAGCCUCAAAUUCAACCCAGUGCGAAUCUGUUGCGACUUAUAUGGAUGGUGUUCACGUAAAAAUUGCCGAGGCUUACAAACCUCCGAGAAAAAUCGCUUUGCCUGCAGCUUAUAACAAUAGACUGCCGGAUGCAUCGAGAUAUUGUUAUGAUUUUACUUUGGAGCGAUCUGUUCUUCAAAAGAUGUCGGAAUGGAGAAAAGCUCGACUUUCGAACAGUGAAGCUCGCGAAGCCCGGUUGGAGGAAAAGAGAAAAAAAGAGGAGGAAUCUCCCACGCCUCCUGGUGAAAAUUCGGCCCAACUUCCAAUAAAAGGUGCCCCUGUCCCCGAGACGACAAUUCUCACGCCUCAACUUCUUUCUCCCCCUCCCUAUCACAGUCAAAAUUGCAAUAUCCAGUCGAAUCAAUUAAAUUAUGCCGACUUUGACAACGACACGAGCAGUCCUUUUGACAAUAUGCUCCUGAAAACUAUCAACGACAAGGAGGAACUCGCCCAGGUUUUGCAGCCCAAUUGGGAAGAGCAGCCUUCGGGGAAGCUGGAGAAUAUUAUUAAUCAUUUGUCUCUGGAGAGGCAGGAUAAUCGGCUUCCGGAAAAGGAUGAUUCUGGUGGAAAUCGUGGCGAGGAACAGGAGCGGGGAGAGAGUCGAAUUGAUUGCAAGCAGAGGAUUGUUUCGCUGAUAGUCAAGGAACUUCAGAGGGAAUUGGAACGACCGAUUCUGGAGAAUUGGAAACCCUGGUCGGAUCUGGACAACUCUCCAGAGAAAAACUCUCUCAACUGCGAUAAUAAAUUGGCCACACCAACUCAAACGAAAUCCAACAUUUUCUCGGAACUUUCCGACGAGGAUCAGAAACUCGCGAGACAUUUGAGCGACAUGGGUUUUCCCCUUGGAAGAGCAGCGAGAGCCAUUCAAAAUCUCGGAGGGGGUGAUAACAAAAAAAUAGUCGAGUACCUCCUUGCCAUUCAGUCUUUGGAAGACGAUUUCGGUAUUCCCGAAGAUGCGGCCGAAAAAGCCCUUGAAUUGACACAUUUCGAUCAGGAAAAGGCGAAAAAUUUUCACAAAAAUCUCUGCACUCUCAGAGAUUUGGGAUUUUCGGAAGACCAGGCCUCCACAGCCUUGCUCAAGUGUAACAUCGACCGAGACAAGGCUCUGGAUUUGUUGAUCAGCUAAAUAAUUCUCGAUUAUUUUCAACUUUAAUGCGAAAAAUCGAGGCGGGCUCUUAUGAGUGAGUGGCAUUUAUGCAGUUGAGGUUCUUGUACAAUAAAAUUAAUUUAUAAGAUUUUA